AUGCAUUUUUGUCAAGGUUUGCCAAUCAUCUUAGUUGGAUGUAAGAAAGAUUUAAGAUUUGACCCCAAGACAAUUGAAGAAUUACGUAAAACAUCCCAAAGACCUGUUACAACUGAAGAGGGUAUGGGAGUAGCUCAAAGAAUUGGAGCAUACAAGUAUCUUGAAUGUUCAGCCAAAACUGGUGAAGGAGUACGUGAAGUAUUUGAACAUGCUACAAGGGCUGCACUUUUGACUAAUAAAAAAAGGAAAAGUACUUGUAUGGUUUUGUAA